CGGGCUUUCUGCCGGCUUCUCAGUGAAUUUUUGGAUGAAGCCAUUAAAUUAAUUGCUUGCCAUCAUGAGCAGAAGUAAGCGUGACAGCAAUUUUUAUAGUGUAGAGAUUGGAGACUCUACAUUCACAGUCCUGAAACGAUACCAGAAUUUAAAACCUAUAGGCUCAGGAGCUCAAGGAAUAGUAUGUGCAGCUUAUGAUGCCAUUCUUGAAAGAAAUGUUGCAAUCAAGAAGCUAAGCCGGCCAUUUCAGAAUCAAACUCAUGCUAAGCUGGCAUACAGAGAGCUAGUUCUUAUGAAAUGUGUUAAUCACAAAAAUAUAAUUGGCCUUUUGAAUGUUUUCACACCACAGAAAUCCCUAGAAGAAUUUCAAGAUGUUUACAUAGUCAUGGAGCUCAUGGAUGCAAAUCUUUGCCAAGUGAUUCAGAUGGAACUAGAUCAUGAAAGAAUGUCCUACCUUCUCUAUCAGAUGCUUUGUGGAAUCAAGCACCUUCACUCUGCUGGAAUUAUUCACCGGGACUUAAAGCCCAGUAAUAUAGUAGUAAAAUCAGACGGCACUUUGAAGAUUCUUGACUUUGGACUGGCCAGGACUGCAGGAACUAGUUUUAUGAUGACACCUUAUGUAGUGACCCGCUACUACAGAGCGCCUGAAGUCAUCCUAGGGAUGGGCUACAAAGAAAACGUUGACAUUUGGUCAGUUGGGUGCAUCAUGGGAGAAAUGAUCAAAGGUGGUGUUUUGUUCCCAGGUACAGAUCAUAUUGAUCAAUGGAAUAGUUAUUGAACAGCUGGGAACACCAUGUCCUGAAUUCAUGAAGAAACUACAACCAACAGUAAGGACUUAUGUUGAAAACAGACCUAAAUAUGCUGGAUAUAGCUUUGAGAAGCUCUUCCC